AUGGCGCAGACCGCCGUGACAUUUAGCGAUGUCUUCGACGACAGCGAUGGCGACGUCCCCAAGGGUCAGAGCAUCCACCACAUUCGCGCCAACUCGAGCAUCAUGCAAUUGAAGAAGAUUCUUGUGGCCAACCGUGGUGAAAUUCCUAUCAGGAUCUUUAGAACCGCUCAUGAGCUUUCACUGCACACCAUUGCUGUCUUCAGUUAUGAGGACCGUCUCAGCAUGCACAGGCAAAAGGCCGACGAGGCGUACGUCAUUGGCAAGCGUGGCCAGUACACCCCCGUCGGAGCCUACCUCGCCGGCGACGAGAUCAUCAAGAUCGCGGUUGAGCACGGCGCGCAAAUGAUCCACCCUGGCUACGGUUUCCUCUCCGAGAACGCCGGGUUCGCUCGCAAUGUCGAGAAAGCUGGUCUUAUCUUCAUUGGUCCCUCUCCCGAUGUCAUCGACUCGCUCGGCGACAAGGUGUCUGCUCGCAAGCUCGCCAUCGCCGCCGAUGUCCCCGUCGUUCCUGGUACCGAGGGUGCCGUAGCAACCUUCGAGGAGGUCAAGACCUUCACCGAUCAAUAUGGCUUCCCCAUCAUCAUCAAGGCUGCCUACGGCGGUGGUGGUCGUGGCAUGCGUGUCGUUCGCGAGCAGGAGAGCCUGAAGGAGUCUUUCGAGCGAGCUACCUCCGAGGCCAAGUCCGCUUUCGGCAACGGAACCGUCUUUGUCGAGCGCUUCCUCGACAAGCCCAAGCACAUCGAGGUUCAGCUGCUUGGUGACAACCAUGGCAACAUUGUCCACCUGUACGAGCGUGACUGCUCGGUCCAGCGCCGCCACCAGAAGGUCGUCGAGAUUGCUCCCGCCAAGGACCUCCCCGUUGAGACCCGCGACGCCAUCCUGGCUGACGCCGUCAAGCUGGCCAAGUCGGUCAACUACCGCAACGCCGGUACCGCUGAGUUCCUUGUCGACCAGCAGAACCGCUACUACUUCAUCGAGAUCAACCCCCGUAUCCAGGUUGAGCACACCAUCACCGAGGAGAUCACUGGCAUCGACAUUGUCGCCGCUCAGAUCCAGAUCGCCGCCGGCGCCACCCUGGAGCAGCUCGGUCUCACCCAGGACCGCAUCUCCACCCGCGGCUUUGCCAUUCAGUGCCGUAUCACCACCGAGGACCCGGCCAAGGGAUUCCAGCCCGAUACUGGCAAGCUCGAGGUGUACCGCUCUGCCGGUGGCAACGGUGUCCGUCUCGAUGGUGGCAACGGUUUUGCCGGCGCCGUCAUCACUCCCUACUACGACUCCAUGUUGGUCAAGUGCACUUGCCAAGGUUCCACAUACGAGAUUGCGCGCAGGAAGAUGCUGCGUGCCCUGGUCGAGUUCCGCAUCCGUGGUGUCAAGACCAAUAUUCCCUUCCUGGCCUCUCUCCUCACUCACCCCACCUUCAUUGACGGCAACUGCUGGACUACCUUCAUUGAUGACACUCCUCAGCUCUUCGACCUUGUCGGCAGCCAGAACCGUGCUCAGAAGCUUCUGAGCUACCUUGGUGACAUCGCCGUCAACGGCAGCAGAAUCAAGGGCCAGGUUGGCGAGCCCAAGUUCAAGGGUGACAUUAUCCAGCCUAUUCUCCUCAACCCCGACGGCUCCAAGCUUGACACCUCUGCCCCCGCCACCAAGGGCUGGAGGCAGAUUCUUCUUGACCAGGGCCCCAAGGCCUUUGCCAAGGCUGUCCGCGAGUACAAGGGCUGCCUGCUCAUGGACACCACCUGGCGUGAUGCCCACCAGUCUCUGCUGGCCACUCGCGUCCGCACUGUCGAUCUCCUGAACAUUGCCCACGAGACCAGCCAUGCUCUCUCCAACCUCUACUCGCUUGAGUGCUGGGGUGGUGCCACCUUUGAUGUGGCCAUGCGCUUCCUCUACGAGGACCCUUGGGACAGGCUGCGCCGCAUGAGGAAGCUCGUGCCCAACAUCCCCUUCCAAAUGUUGCUUCGCGGUGCCAACGGUGUCGCCUACUCUUCUCUUCCCGACAAUGCCAUCGAGCAGUUUGUCGACCAGGCCAAGAAGUGCGGUGUUGACAUCUUCCGCGUCUUCGACGCUCUCAACGACGUCAGCCAGAUCGAGGUUGGUGUCAAGGCCGUUCAUAAGGCUGGUGGUGUUGUUGAAGCUAACCCCAACAAGAAGUACAACCUGCAGUACUACCUUGAUCUUGUUGACAAGCUCGUUGCCCUUGACAUUCAUGUCCUCGGCAUCAAGGACAUGGCUGGAGUUCUCAAGCCCCAUGCGGCUACUCUGCUCAUCGGUGCCAUCCGCGAGAAAUACCCUGACCUUCCCAUCCACGUCCACACCCACGACUCGGCCGGUACCGGUGUCGCUUCGAUGGUCGCUUGCGCCAAGGCUGGCGCCGAUGCUGUUGAUGCCGCCACCGACAGUCUGUCAGGCAUGACCUCGCAGCCCAGCAUCAAUGCCAUCCUCGCCUCCCUUGAGGGCAGUGACCUCGACCCUGGCCUGAACCCUGCCCACGUUCGCGCCCUUGACACCUACUGGUCUCAGCUUCGUCUCCUGUACUCCCCCUUCGAGGCCCACCUUGCUGGCCCCGAUCCCGAGGUGUACGAGCACGAGAUCCCCGGCGGUCAACUCACCAACAUGAUGUUCCAGGCCCAGCAGCUUGGCCUCGGCACUCAGUGGGCCGAGACCAAGAAGGCCUACGAGCACGCCAACGACCUUCUCGGCGACAUUGUCAAGGUGACGCCCACCUCCAAGGUUGUCGGUGAUCUUGCGCAGUUCAUGGUCUCGAACAAACUCUCUCCCGAGGAUGUCAAGGCUCGCGCCGGCGAGCUCGAUUUCCCUGGCUCCGUGCUUGAGUUCCUCGAAGGCAUGAUGGGUCAGCCGUUCGGCGGUUUCCCCGAGCCGCUCCGCUCCGAUGCUCUGCGUGGUCGCCGAAAGCUUGACGCUCGUCCUGGUCUGUCCCUGGAGCCUGUGGACUUUGUCAAGGUCAAGCGCGAGCUGGGUAAGAAGUUUGGCGGUCCCGUCACGGAGACGGACAUUGCGUCCUACGUCAUGUACCCCAAGGUCUUCGAAGACUACAAGAAGUUUGUCCAGAGGUUCGGAGACCUGUCCGUUCUGCCUACCAAGUACUUCCUGUCGAAGCCAGAGAUUGGCGAGGAAUUCCACGUCGAGCUGGAGAAGGGCAAGGUCCUCAUCCUCAAGCUGCUCGCAGUUGGGCCCCUCAGCGAGAACACUGGCCAGCGUGAGGUGUUCUACGAGAUGAACGGUGAGGUCCGCCAGGUCACUGUCGACGACAACAAGGCCUCGGUUGAGAACGUCACGCGCCCCAAGGCCGACCUCAGCGACUCAAGCCAGGUUGGCGCGCCCAUGGCUGGUGUGCUAGUCGAGCUGCGUGUCAAGGAGGGCUCGGAUGUCAAGAAGGGUGACCCUAUUGCUGUGCUUAGCGCCAUGAAGAUGGAAAUGGUCAUUUCGGCGCCGCACAACGGCCAGGUUUCCAGCCUGCAGGUCAAGGAGGGCGACUCUGUCGAUGGUUCCGACCUGGUUUGCAAGAUUGUCAAGGCGUAG